UGUUAGAAGCACAGCCAGACAGACAGGAGGAGGAAAAGGAGGAGGAUGGAGAUCCUGGAGGAGAAGUAACUCUCUUCAAAGCAUCCGCUUUCGUCUUUUCCACCAAACACCGGAGCUUUAAUGGAGAAAGGCGAUGAUUGAGGUGCUUCCACACACACAGCUGACUACCAAAUUGCCUUCCACUACCAAGAGAUAGCCAGUAUGCAGAAUGGAGCGCCCGAGAGGAACGACACGGUCUCUUCUCCUUUGGGCGACGCGUCAGCAGUUCGUGAACAUGCACUGGACUGGUGGAUCCGUUUUCCUCGUCCUGGUCGCUCUCAUCGCCUCUCACUCCGCCGGGGCCUUAUCGCUGGACACGGUGGGAAACGAUACAGAAAGUAGCAACGCCACGCAGGACGGGUUUGUCCCAGUUGUGUUCACAGAGGUGAGCCAGAUAAUCGCCCGGGAGGGGAGCUGCGCACUGAUUGAUUGUAACGUCACUGGAAACCCUGUUCCCAGCAUUCAAUGGUUCAACUCGCACGGAGACCGCCUGGACACGCAGACAAGCGGUGGGAAGUGGUGGCUGCUGGACAAUAACGUCCUCAACAUCACCAGCAUUGAGUUUUCAGAUCGUGGGAAGUACACCUGCAUGGCGUCCAACGUCCACGGCAGCUCCAACUGCACAGUGACCCUCCGGGUGGUCUUCACCAAAGGCGACAUGGGCAUCUACUACAUGGUGGUGUGUCUGGUGACCUUCACCAUCAUCAUGAUCCUGAACGUCACGCGCCUCUGCAUGAUGAGCAGCCACCUGAAGAAGACGGAGAAAGCCAUUAACGAAUUCUUCCGCACCGAGGGCGCAGAGAAGCUCCAGAAGGCCUUCGAGAUCGCCAAGAGGAUCCCCAUCAUCACCUCGGCCAAGACCCUGGAGCUGGCCAAGGUGACGCAGUUCAAGACCAUGGAGUUCGCCCGCUACAUCGAGGAGCUGGCUCGCAGCAUCCCGCUGCCGCCGCUCAUCAUGAACUGCCGCACCUUCAUGGAGGAGAUCCUGGAGGUGGUCGGCGUGGAGGAGAUGAGGCACACCUUCCUCAGGCACGCCACCGAGGGGCGCCACGACGCGCUGAGCAGACUCUCUUCCACCGGGGUGAGAGACAUGUUCGCCAUUCUGCAGGUGAGGGACAGGGAGCGCAGCGAGUCGCCCGCCGCCGACUCGGACAACUCCUCCGUCCAGGACCAGCCGCAGCACAUCGCCAUCCAGGCGUCGGUCCACCCGCCGCUCUCCACCGAAGGCUACUGCGGCGCAGAGUUUCCACAGCAGCCGGAGGCGCCACCAUCAUCGCCUCCCCCUGCGUCGCCACCGGCUCCCGCUCAGCUCGAGGAGCAGAGCGACGCUGCGGGAGACAAAGCGGCCGAUCAGAGCCCUCCCUGUCAGGUGUUUUAUGAAAGCCAUGUGUGACGAAGCACCGAGUGAAAUCUCCUGCUAUGCAGCUCCACUUGAAGACCGACAACGGUCCACGGAACAUUUUCAUUUCUGCAUUUGCAAAGAAGCAAUCACAUUUUUAUUCAUCACUCCUGAACCUUGUAGAACAUUUGUAGGCUCCCGAGAAGAAACCUGACGCUUCUCGGACGUUUGAACCUCUCAUGGUUGAAUGUACACAGGAGGAGGCAUCUUCAUGUUUAAUGUAAGAAGCAGAGGAUGGUAUCAGGUCGGUCACAGCUGACGUUGAGGAAGCUGGGUGACCAGUUUCCAGUUCUUUGUUUCUCAGUCCUUUGAUUUACUCCAGAAAUCUGCCUCCGGCUGCGUUCAUGCCGCUCUUCUCCAUCUUCCAUCUCUGCCGUCGUACGUCGCUCUGCUUCAACCUGCAGCUGCAUGCUGGUCUGAUACAAACUUAACGGGAGCGUCUGAUCGCAGUGUCCCGAGUGCGUUUGCUGAUUUUAUGUUGGUUCAUCUCGUUUCGGUUUUUAAAGUUUUCUCUGUAGUUUUCCUCCUUCAUCAUCAAACGUUUUAAAUUUGCCUCCCAGCCAGAUCCCCGCGCUUCUGCAGUCGAGCUGCGUUUCUGCCUGCAUGCUUUACGACUUGUUCUGGGACUUAAAGGACUCCUCGUGUUUCUUCCUGCGUUUGGCUGAACCUCCAGUCUGUGGCGGAGAGGAGCUGGACACCGUUCUGCUUUUACUGGUGCUUUUGAGAUGCCUCUUUUUGUAGUGGAAUAAAAUGCAAGUGCUGUGCUUUAAGAGGAGGAAAAAAACAAAA